AUGAGCGGCGUUGAGGAAGCCCCCGUGGACGGUGUAGCGGCCGACCGUGGGAAGAACGAGGAAGGCGACACUGUUCGUGAUGAUGUACGAAGCGAUGUGCAGGUGACAACCCUGGGAGGGGAAUGCAGCGAGAGGGAAGCAGUUCACACAGACGUGAAGCUUGAAGGAAUGGAGGACAAGGCGGCAAUGAAGGAGGGGCACGACAAAGACGAAGAAGCAGACGUUGCUGAGGCAAACAACCCUUUGAUGCAACUGCAGUUAUGUGGACCCCCCGCUAUUCCCCAUGGGGUCGCGUCCAAUGGGGUCACUCCCAACGUGGCCACUUCGAAAGGGGUGAGUUCGAACGCCGGAUGCAAAGGCACAACCAGGGGAAGCGUGGACUACGCCAAGAACACGAUAGCAAAUGCGAAGGAGAUCCUGCGGCACAGCGACAAGUGCGUGAUGAGUGAGUCCAAGUUGGGGGCAGAAGAACUGAAUGACAUCGCGGAGAUUUUGCACAGCAAGGAUGGUGAGAUGGCGUCGGUUGGGGGAAGGACGCUUGGAAGGAAGGCAACGCAUGGAGGCGGUGCGGCUGCAGUUGGUCACGACCCCGCGGGCGAUACGACAAAUGUGGAUAUGACGGCCCUGUUUGAAAACUCCAAUUCCUCCCUGCCAUUCAUCCUGAAGGGCAUUUCAGACACCCUAGACCAUAUCCUUUCAGUGGACAAAAUGAAAAACAACAAUAAAACUCAGCUCAUACAAGUGGUGCAGAAUGCACACAUGCUCCUGAGGUCGAAUUACAACCUCGUCCUCAAGUGUGACUCGAAUUUAGCCAUCAUUGUAAAAAAAAUUAAAAGAUUGUACAGGCUCUACAGGAGGUUAGAUAGACCUGCACGUAUGUCAACCAAGGUGCAAAAGGUUGUUGAAGAGGUUACAGAAGUAUUACCCAUUGGACGUAACGACAUGGGGGAGGUUCCCUUCACUGGGGAUACUCACAGUGCUCAUGGUGGUAGCUCCAUACAAGGGACAUACCCACAUGAACAGGAUGGAACGAGAGUUGUUGACAAACCAAUUGAGGAGGCUCCUACGAAAGAGGAUGAUCAUACGAAUGGUUGUGUUCAAGGGGGGGACAAAGAGGUGCACACAAAUGACCUUUCCAAUGUUGCCUCAUCAGUUGCAUGUGGAUACGGUUGUAACGUUGGGGAAGCCAACCUACACGUGAAUCCCCCAUGUGAGGAGUUGAAGCCUGAUGGGGGAAAGGGAAACGACAAAGAGACGCUUCUCACAGAGGGAUCGCACGUGGAGACCCUUCUCGAAGCCGUAGUCCCACCUGCAAUAACUGUGGGUGCGGACCAGGGGCUUCCACACGCCCACCGUGACGAGACCACCGUAAAGGACUGCCCCCAAGGCGACACGCAAGCAGAUAGCAACUGCGUGGGCAAGGAAGAGUGCCCCCUGAGUUCCAAACAAUUAAGCUACGCGUUCGUUAAGGGUGAGGACGGGCAAAGUUAUAAAAAUCUCACGAGCAUUGAUUCGAAGUCGACCGCCAUGUCCAACCACAAGGACGACGCGGGGUCGUCCAUUACGACGGAGGGGAGAAAAACAACGGAGGAAAGGAAAAAAAAAAAAAAAAAAACGCAACGGGAGCUAAGUGGAGGGAACGAGGCAGAAAUGCACUCCGCUCACACUGGACACCCCGCGCGGAAUUCAAGGAAGGAACGAAACAAGAACAAAAAAAAGGAACGAGAAAAAAAGAGAAUCCUGCGUGAGCUAAGCAGGCUGAACUCGCUGUUCUUCUUUACAUUCAACCACAAGGGGGAUAUUAUAAACUACCUGCACAGGGAGAUAUGCUCGAACAUUUCGCAGUUUGACGCAGCAUACCAGCUGUAUAUGUCCAAGUAG